GGUAAAAUGGCAUUCCCCAUAAAAACGACGAAGUUUGCGAAUAUGUUGAAUCAAGGUCUCGUUGAAUUACCAAAAGAUUCAACAAAAUGGAACGAUGCAGUAGCGUGCAAAAAAAACGGAUCGAUCCUGAUAAUUCUGCUAUAUUAUCAUUAUCUUGGCACAAGAGAAAGCGACGUGAUAUCUUUAAAAUCCUUAAUUACUAGAAUCAUGCUACUUCCAAAAUCUACACCGAUCUCAGUUUUGAUUUUAAAACCUUUAUGGUUGCUAUUUGCUGUAAGUACAUAUUUAUCUCGUACUUGUUUGCGCUAUGCACUGAUUACGUUCGAUUUCGCAGGUAACGUCUCUAUCUCAUCCGCGUCCUAAUUUAGUAUAUCAUUACGAAAAUGCAGUUGUUCAGAUGAUGAGCAUUUUGCAACGUUCAGAAAUCAGUGAAUUUUAUACUCAUCAUGUCGAUCUUUUACAUUACUGUCUUACAUGUCCGAACAUUUCACAAAACUUGCUGUAUCGAAUUUUAAAUUUGUGGCUGAUAGAGUCUGAUGGAGAUAUCAAGCCGUUAUCAUUUAAUUAUGACAAAGUUGCUGAAUAUCUGUUGGUAAGCAGAAUAUCUUUAUUUUUAUAUGUCAGAAAAAAGAAAAAAAAAGA